AACUUGUGCCCCAAAAAAACAAAAACUGUUUUCUAAAUAAAAUUAUAAUUGUUUGGUCAAACAUCAAUGAUAAGAUUUCAAUACAUAACAUACAUAUAAACAACAAAAGAUGCACAUAGCUAUAUAAAAAGAAAUGUAUAAACUAAUAUACUGCUGCUGCUGCUUGCUGUUAAUUGUUACAACACAAUUGUCAGCAAAACUUAUGCGUGUGGAGGAGCUAACCAAUGGCUGGUCGCUGCGUGAGAAAGGCUCUGACACGUUCAUUAGUGUGCCCAAGAUACCGUCUGGUGUGUAUACGGCGCUGGAGAAAACCUAUGGCGAUCUGCAGGCACCAGGCAAUGAUAUCAAUCUGCGCUGGAUAGCAAACCGUACAUGGAUCUAUAAUAUAACAUUUGAUUUACCGGAUGAAUUAAGUGUGGAUAGCUUGGUAAAUCUAACGCUGCAUGGCAUAGAUACUGUAGCUAAGAUUUGGUUAAAUGGCGAGCUGCUGGGCAGCACGGACAAUAUGUUUGUGCGUUACUCCUUUGUAGUGGGACAUGUGCUGCAGAGCAAUGGUCCUAAUCUGCUAGAGAUUGAGCUGCUGUCGCCGCUAGAGCAAGCCAAUGCGCUAGCCGAGCAAUCUCUGCAGCUGGGCAAUCCACCCAGUUGUCCUGCCUCGCGUGGCGAUGUCGAAUGUCAUCGAAAUAUGCUGCGUAAAAUGCAAAUGAGCUUUGGUGGCGCUUGGCAUCCUGCUGCGCUAUCCUUGGGCAUUUGGAAGCCAGUUACCAUUGAGUACUAUACAGUAGCUAUACUACGUAAUGUAGAUGUGGCGCUCAAGCGCAACAGCACACAUUGGACUAUGGAUUGUCGCGCCUUUGUGGACACAGCUGAUGCGGAGCAGUUUCAUGCGCAGCUCGUAGUGUAUGCUAGUGAGCUGCUGCCCGAGCCUGUUGAGUUUGAGCCACAGCUGUUGAGCUACAGCUCAGCGAUGCUGGAAUUUCAGCUGCAUAUACCCAAGGACAACGUCGAGCUUUGGUGGCCCAAUGGCUAUGGCGCGCAGAUACUUUAUCCUGUGCUCUUUAGUCUCAAAUGUUAUCGCGGCGAGGAGCAGCCCAGCUUAAUGUCACGCACUGAAUCCAAACAAUUACUAAACAUAGGCUUUCGCACUAUUGAACUGGUAGAAGAUGAGGAUGCUUAUGGUCGCAGCUUUUAUUUUCGCGUUAAUGAUCAACCCAUAUUCAUGAAAGGCGUUAACUAUGUGCCAGCAGAUAUAUUGCCCGAGCUAGCUGCCGAUACGGAUACGCUGCAGUAUUUGCUGCAAGCCGCCAAGGAUGCGCAUAUGAACAUGAUACGUGUGUGGGGCGGUGGUCUCUAUGAAUCUGAUGCGUUCUACGAUCUAACCGAUGCCUAUGGCUUGCUAGUCUGGCAGGAUAUGACUUAUGUCAAGGCUGUAUAUCCUGUAGACGAUGUGCAUAUGACUUCCAUGCGUUUGGAGGCAGCACAAAAUGCACAAAGAAUUGGCUAUCGCGCUAGCUUGGCUUUGAUGGUAACCAACAGCGAAAUUGAAUUGUACUUGGCUGAAAAUCACACAGAUUUUGGCACAGAAGCGGCGCGUCUGGCAGCUGAAUAUAAAAUGCUAUUUAUAGAUAAUAUAAGCGAGGAAUUAAAUAUUCUAGCUAAGCCACGCGCUGGUCCUAUGCUAUCAACGCCCUCACUGGGCAUAGCUGAGUCCGGCGACAAGCUGGCGCAGAAUCCGCAAGAUCCUAAAUAUGGCGAUGUGCACUUCUAUGAUGAGGACAUGUUGCCUGCUGUUUGGAACAUUUAUCCAGAAGCGCGUUUUGUCUCCAGCUUUGGUUAUGCCAGUCUGCCCAUGCGCUCCGCCUGGCUGCAUGUGCUUGGCAAGGAUGCAACCGAGAAGCGCUUAGUUGAGCUCAUCAAUCAACGUCAGCAUAAUCCUGAAGGAUUUGUAGCCAUGUUGCAGCUAAUGGAAAAACAACUGCCGCCGCUGCUUAGCUGGGAAAAGCACAUUGAUAAGUUUGUUUACUUUAGCCAAGUGUCACAAGCACUGACCACCAAAUUGGCAGUGGAGCUGUUUCGCAGCAGACGCAGCCAGCAUCGCACAAUGGGUGCGCUUAUCUGGCAGCUGAACGAUGUUUGGCUAGCACCCACAGCAUCCUGCAUAGAUUUCUAUGGCAACUACAAGCUGGUGUACUACUGGGCCAGAGAUUUUCUAGCGCCCAUUGGCAUUAUGGCCAUCUACAAUGAGGCCAACGAUCAGAUUAAUAUAACAAUAACACGCGAGGAUUAUGUUAGCAAUGGUGAUAUGCAGGUCUAUGAUGUUAUUAUAAACACUUACCUAUGGAACGAUAUAUUUGUAAAGAAACAAAUUGCCAGAGCUGUGCCGCUGGGUGCUAAUUCAAUGGAUUUCCUUAAGAUACCCAUGGAAUCGGUGCUGUAUGAAAAGCACAGCAAGCAUGAAAUAUUUUUGGAACUACUGCUCAAAGACAAAGAGGAGGAAAUUGUAGCACGCAAUUAUUUCUAUCCAGUGCCAAUUAAAGAUAUUGUAGGCAUGCGAGACCCAAAGUUACAGCUUGAUGUAAUUGGCUUGGAUUGCAGCAAUCGUGUGGCGCCAUUUGAAAACAAUUUCAGCCUGCGCAUAACAGUGCACUCUCCUGCUUUGUUUGUUUACGUGGAACUAAAUCAUCCGGAAUAUAUGAACUUUACACAUUCCUUCUCUAUGAAUGGCUUUACACAGACGGUGCCGCGGCAGAUUGUGCACCUGGAAUUUGUUAACAAUUCGGAGUGCUUAACACUGAAUGCUUCGCACUUUAGCGUCAGGACAAUGAAUCAGUAUAUCAAAUGAGUAUUAUAUUUAAUGGAACUAUAGCUAAAAACUUAUAUGCGUACUUAAUGUAAAUAAUAAAUUAUAU